GAGUGCAGCAGGUGUUGAGUAGAGCUUCGUGUCGGACUCAGUGUCAGACUUCACUUGGUGCACGAGCGUUAAAGUUAACACAAGAACUUCUUCAACCUCAACAAUGAACCGUUUCCUUGCAUGCUUCCUUUUGGUGGUCGUUGCCGCACAAGCCGCAACUGUCCAAAAAAAGUCCAAGUCGCCUGAAGAUGUCCUGCAAUCAUAUUACAACAUGUACCAGGCUCUGAAGAAAGACGAAGGAUACCCCAACACUUUCAACCGCGCUAACCUCUUGGCUCAUCUCAAACAAUCGGACCCUGAAGCUUUUGCGUCUCUGACAUUGGAAUUCGCUAAGCGCACCGGGCGUUCCGACUCAGAGACCUUGGAGACUGUCUUCAGAGGCAUGGCUGAGGAACAAGGCUACACUGAAGACGAUCUUAAGUCCACUCUUAAGAAAAUGAUCGCUGCCGGCAAGUUCCCAGACCUCGAGGGACUGGCUCUGGAAUAAAUGCUCGCCAUUUAGCUUGAGUUCCAGUAAUUGAUAUUUUAUAUCCGAAAUUUCAAGAUUGACAUGACAUCGAUAAUUGUCAUGGAUUUUGCAUUCCGAAUCAAAAUACAAUAGCAAGCUUC